AACAAAGUCCAGCAGGGACUUCGUUGCCCUCUCUCUCUCUCUCUCUCUCGUUCGAUUCAAACAGAAUCCGACUACAGAUCUUCAAAAACAAAGUCCAGCAGGGACUUCUUGCUUCUUUCGAUUUCUCUUUCUACUUUCUCUCACUAUAUCUUCAUUUUCUUUCUCGGAUAGUAUUUUUCGUCUCUCUCUCUCUCUCUCUCUGAGUAGAUUUUGAAGAUCUGUAGUCGGAUUCUGUUUGAAUUUAGCUGAAAAUCUAGGGCAUUUGCUUCCGUGAUACUUGUUGAGUUCCUCGUCACUCUAGUUCGAGGCAUUCUCCCGGCUUUCUUGGUCUAAGAUUUUCUAGGAAAAUUCCUUUUUUCUUUUUUGUCUUUGUCUUUUUGUCGUGAAAAUGGAGAGAGUCCAACAUAAGAAGUCGAACAACGAAGGAAACAGGCUGAUUCAAAGACAAAGAAGUCUACCAAAAUUGGCAUCAGAUUAUAGUUCUUACAGCGGUGGCACCACCGAGGAAGAUUUGUUCUCAUGUGAGUUGUGGACUAGCUCUUCUAGACGAGUGACAGGCACCCCAAUAAAGAAGUUAUUAGCAGAAGAAAUGUCAAAAGAAACGGUGUCCAAGAGACGGCCACCGAGUGUUAUUGCCAGAUUGAUGGGUCUUGAUGGGCUGCCACCUCAGCAGCCUCUUCAUAGACAACAUAAGGGGUUCUCAGAAACUUAUCGACAAUGGACUGCAUCACUAUCAUCCCAAAGGGAUGGAAAACCAUAUGAACGCCAAUCAAAUAGGAAAGACUCAAUGGCGCAGCAAGAAUGUAAGGAUGUGUAUGAAGUUUUGGAAACAUCAAACGUUGAGAGGAGUAGUUACCCAGCAAAAAGGACUAUAAACUCAAAGCUGUCUGAGGCAGAGAUGGCGUUUAUUCAACAGAAGUUCAUGGCUGCAAAACAUCUUUCUACAAAUGACAAGCUUCAUAAUUCAAAAGAAUUUUGUGAUAUGCUUGACAUGCUGGAUGCCAACAAAGACCUAUUGAUGAAGUUUCUUCAGCAGCCAGAUUCCUUGUUUACAAAGCAUCUCGUUGAUCUGCAAGGUGUUGCUCCUAGAUCAAAACGCAGUCACAUGGCAGAUAUGGACCCAUCAAAAUUGGAUAAGUAUGAAAGCAGUACCAUUGGUUGGAAGUCAGAGAAAGGGAUUUUACAAUGCUCUCAUCGGAAACAUUAUGAUGGUCUUUUUACCCACUUCUACAAUCAUCGUGGUGCUCAAAAACCUCUUAAAUCACCAAACAUUCAAUUAGAAGGGAAGCAUGAGAGUGAGACAAACAUCCACCCAACACGGAUUGUUGUUUUGAAGCCAAAUCCUGAGAAGAUGCAGAAUGCUACUAAAUCUGUUUUAUCAACCAGUUCUUUUCAUGGUAAUCAGUCAGAUUGUAGGAAGCACUGGGAAUAUCGGACCAUUGAUACUGGUGAGGGAGGACAUUGGGUUAAGAAAAACUCAUCUAAUGAUGAUGCAGGUUUUUUGAGGCCCAAGUCUAGAGAGCCCAAAGAAAAAGCUAAGGAGAUUACUACGAAAAUGAGAGAGAGUUUACGAGGUGAGCCGAUGGAUUUGCCCUCCAUAUUUAAGGGAUAUGCUGGGGAUGAGAGCUCAUAUAAUGUGUCUGCAAGUGAUUCUGGAAGUGAAUCAGAACUGACAAUAUCGACUCUUAGAAAGUCCUUUCGCUGGAGUAACCGACCUAGACCUUCAUCAUGGCAUUCAACUGAGUCAUCUGUAAGUAGGGAGGCCAAGAAGAGACUCUCAGAGAGGUGGAAGAUGUCCCAAAGGUAUCAGAAUUUUGGAGUAGUUGGUAAGGCCAGCACUCUGGGUCAAAUGCUUUCUAUUCAUGAUACAGAAAUAAGGCCAGAGAAUUUUUAUCCAAUGAUUGGUUUGGAUGGAUCCAGUGACAGAUUUGUUAGCAAUGAUGAAACUGCUGAGUGGGAUAGUCCUUUGGGUAUUAGUAGUAGGGAUGGUUGGAAGGAUAGCAUCAGAAUUUCAUCCAGAUCGAGAUCUAUUGCUGCUUCAUAUGUUGGCUUUGGUGGCCCUAAAACAAACAUGCAACGUGAAACUCUUGACCAGGAUAGUUAUUUGAUGGCUGGAGAAGCCAUGAAUCGGGGUAAAAAUAAGGCAAUCAGGAGAAAUUCCAAUAAGAACGAAGACUCUUCAUCCAGAAAAAUAAAAUCCAACAAUAAGAAAUCUCAAUCCUCUCACCUCACCUAUAGUGAUAGUACUGACUCCUUUGAGGAAGAGCAAUUUAACCUAUCUCCGGUGGAGAUCAACCUUGGAAAGAAAGAUCCUGCAGAACAGAAGUCUUUAGUUUCUCAGAUGUGGACCCAUAACAUCAACUGUAAAAGUUCAAUUAAUGAUGCUGAGGCAGAUGGUGGACAUGCGGAUAUGUAUUUUGAAUCUCUUGAUGAGGAGUUGCCCUCAAAACCAUCAUCUUGUUUGUUUGGAAAUCCUACUUCUUCUAUCCCUGGUCCAGAGGAUUCAAAAGCACAGGUACCUCAAAUUGGGCCAUCUGAAGAAGAGUCAGUUCAGCUGCAGUGUCCAGUACCUGAACCACAAUCUCCAGCAAGCUCAAAGGAGGCUGAUCAUCCGAGUCCGGUUUCAGUUUUGGAAGCCCCAUUUGUGGAAGAUGUAAAUGUAAUAUCACCUGGUUCAGAAUGCUUUGAGAGAGUCAAUGCUGAUCUUCACGGGCUUCGAAUGCAGCUUAAGCUACUCAAGAUGGAGUCUGGAGCAAAUGCAAAUGGACUAAUGCUUACGCCAAAUGACAAAGAUGUUGGCCAAGGAUUUGUCUCAGUCUCUGAGGAAAAUGAAGUAUUUAAUGAUGAGAGUUGGGAAUCUUUCUAUCUAGGUGAUGUGCUAAUUGACUUUGGAUAUGAUGAUGCUGACCCCUACACUUUCGUGUCAACGUGGUACUCUUUCGAUUGCCCUCUGGACCCUUGUUUAUUUGACAACCUUGAGAAGAAGUAUUCCAAUGAGACAACGCCAUUGAGGUCUGAAAGGAAGCUCCUGUUUGACCGCAUAAAUUCCGGGCUCUUUGAAAUGUUCCAUCAGUUCGUGGAUCCACUCCCAUGGGUGAAGGUGGCAACAAGGAAGGUGGGCCUUACAUGGCAGAAACAUGGGAUCGGUUACGAGCUGCAUAAGUUGUUGGCAAGUGAAGAGAAGAGCAUGUAUGAGGACGUGACAGAGAGGGUGUUGGAUAGGGAGAUGCAGUGGCUUGAUUUUGGGUAUGGCGUGGACGCGAUAGGUAGGGAAAUUGAGAAAUUGUUGAUAGAUGACCUAAUAGUGGAGGUUGCGAAUAUGUAAAGUAUGGAUCUGAACUCGAGUUUAGGCAUAGCUAGAGGCAAGCGAAAGGAAUGGAACGGAAUGGAAUAGUAGGUGGAGAAGAUGGGGAAUAAAAGAUCGAGAAAAAUACUCGAUGUUCAUAACAUAUAUUAGCAUAUGUUUCUUUUUUACUGUUAAGUUUAGCUGUUGGAACAUUUGAGUUUAGUAAUAUAUUAGCAUAUGUUUCUUUUUUAUUGUUAAGUUUAGCUGUUGGAACAUUUGAGUUUAGUAGUUCUUUAUGAUUGAGGAUGUUUUAGGAUGAAAAACUGUGGAUGAAUAUAGGGUUCUUGAUCAAGUUUAGUUUUUUGUUUCAA